AUGCUCACCUAUCCGCCCUUUGGAAUUCGUAACAAGAAUAUGGAGAACGUCGACGAUGAUUUCCUGUAUCAUUUCGGAUUUGGUACGAAAACAAUGGAUAUUCCGAAGACGUUCGGGGAUACAAAGGUAAUUCUUCGUAUUCUUGUUGAGCAAACGCGAGGUGUUAUAUUAUUCUUUAUUCACGAACAAGCUGAUGUUUCGGCGGAUUUCGCCUUCCUCGGAGAUUGGAAAGCUCAAGUUGACAGUAAUCUAUUCGGCCAAACACCUCCAUAA